AUGCGGCAAGAGUAUACACACAAAAAGAGACGUCCCUAUUAUAUCCCCAUAGUUCCAUUCAUUAUUUUAGAAUUUCUUACUGCAGUUGCAUGCACUUUAUAUUUAGAGCAGAGCGGUCUAAAAAAUGCAACUUCUGCAGAAACAGAGUGCCCGACAGUUGCAUGUAGUAGCAUCGAUGAGCAUAUCAUAUCUACUGAGAUAGACAAUGGAAGCAGUGGGCAGGAUCAGUAUAAAAAUAAGAAUAUAAAACCCUGCCCAGAAACAGUAGAGACUAGAGAAAGUAUACCAGAAGAUGGAAAUAAAUCCAAAAUAAAAGAAGAAGAGAAUACAGCAAUGCCAAAAGACACAGAGAGCAUAGCGAAUAUAAAAAGCACUAUUUCCAAUGUACAGAAACGAAUGAAAACAAACAAUAAGAAGAUAGAAGAAACAUCCAAGAAAAUAGCUAUAUCAUACGAGCAGAAAAAGGGCUGCAUAGAAGGCAAUUCGGGGUAUAAAGAAAAAGAUGACUCACCCGAAAUGAAACUAAUAAAAGAGCAUAUAACAAGUAACACAGAAAUAGUUGAAAUUUUAUUUCAUGAAAUCAUAAAACUAAAAAAAAGGCUAGAAAUCAGUGAGAACACGGUUAGAGAAGUUGAGCAGACAAUUUUUAACUUUGAAGUUUUUAUAAAGAAGAUACAACAGUUUGACGAAAAAAUAAGCACAGCCCUCACGCCGCUUUCGGGCUAUAUGGAAGAGAUUCGCGACUACAUCAGAAAAAAUAAAGAAAACCAACUAUCGGAAAACAGUUCAAAUAAGCACGAAGGAUUUCAAGUGUCUUCCAGUAAUUUUGGUGCAGAUCGUGUUAGUAAAUUUAUAGACGGAGACAGAUGGAGUAUAUACUCAGGCUUGAGUGGUGCAAGCCUACAAGAAGAAGGAGAGGAAGGGGGAAAGACUUGGAAAAAAAAGACUCGAAAUUUCUUUAAAAGAGCCAAAGAAAAUUGUGAGGCAAAGCCCAAAAAUUCUCCUACAUAA